ACUAGUCGAUCUGCGGAACACUUGGCUGCUGUUAUUCGGUAUUUCAAAUACGCUCUGGAUGAUACUCAUCUUUACCAUGGCAAACAACGCAGAACUUCUUAAGGUGGUCGGAAGCAACCCCAUAGGUCUUGUUGUACUGACGAUAUUCCUGAUAGUGCUGACUCUGCAAUUCCUAGCCAUGCUUGGUCACCGAUUAGGCACGUUUGUGCACUACAUCGCGCGGAAGAAUAAAUUCCUAGACGGCUCGACGACGGAAGCCGGGGAACAAGAAGCUCAUUCGAAGCGUCGUAAGUGCUGCUUUAGCUGCCUUUGCUGCAACUCGACGGAAGAGAAGGAUGAGAUCCAAGACGAUUCCUCGAAAAAGAACGACGAGACCCCAGAUAACUCCACAGGAGAAUUCAGGAAUGUAAGCGGCCAACUUCCUAAUUCGAAACCGGUGUGAUGUAACCUUUUCAAUUGUUAUGUUGUCGGAAAGAAAUUAACACCGAUUUGCGUUUAACUCGAGAAUCUAAGCUGGAGAAAAACUGUCAUACUAAACUUUCUUGAAAUCUGGUCCAUCAGUUAUGUAAAUGAUAACACAGUUUUAUUCCUGGUGUAGGUGAUCGUACUGUGACCCUGAACAAAUAUUAGAUCAACUAAAUUCAUCAAUUAAUUUUAUUCAAAUUUACAAGA